AUGCAUUUUACCUUUAUCCAUGUGUGUUUUGUUUUUUUGUCCAUGUGUUCCAGCGACGUCAAGCUCCUCAAAGACAUUGAACAUGAGGCACUGCAACUGUGUGUGCGUGUGUGCCAAUCUUCCGACGUUGCUGGGAGAGGGAACGGUGAGAGAAGAGGCAUGGCAGGUGUCAUGGGCAACGUCACCCUGAACUUUUUCUAUUUUCUCCCUGUGCAGAAAAAGACCUCUUUCCCUUUCUUCUUUUUUCCCCUAACCCACCCACCCUCCCUUCUUUCCGUGUAUAUCACCAGGCGACGAAAGGAAGAAGGAAAAAGGAGGAGGAGCAUGCAGCCAAUAGGUGUACGUCGUAUACGUUCCAGUUCCACCGACCAUCGGCGAUCGAGCAGUGAUGCCGGUGUGGGCGGCGGUAUCGCCGGUGGCACUGCAGCCGGAAACUCUACGCAACAGCGGCGCACGUAUGAUGUUGACAUGACAAGCCUUGAGAAACACCGUCGUCUUUUUGCCAUGGAGAGGGAGCUGCAGCGCUGGAAGGAAAAGGCAGAGGUGAGCACACGGGACGCCAAAUUACGUGAACAGGAGCUUUUCCGCGUCAAGUCCGAGCACGCAGCGGUGCGGCAGCGGCAGGAGCACAUCAUACGCGACUUGUUAGAGAAGCAGAAAGGCUUUGCAGAGGAAAUGCAAAAGAGCCGUCAUGAGAUGGAACUUCUUCGUAAGGACGCAGCGGCGGAUAAUUCGGCACUUGUCGCUGCACAAGAGGCACAGCUGCAGCUGCAAAGGGAAUUGGAGGCAAGUCAAAGCCGUGAGGCCGAGGCCACAGGAGAGCUGUCAGUCGUCGUGGAGAAGCUCGCCAAGGCAGACACAUAUAUUCGGACACUAUCCGACGAGGCGGUGGCGUAUCAGCUAGAAAUUCAACGGUUGCAGGAGCAGCUUGACGCAGCAGGAGAAGAAUUACAGAAGAAAAACAAGGAGAGAGAGGCGGAAGAGAAAUUACGCACAUCUGAGGAGUUGGCUCGCAGGCGAAAAGUCACCCGGGAUUUAUGGACAGAGCUGGUGAAUGCGGCACUUGAGUGUGCCGAUAACUGCGACAGUGUGAGCCGUGAGUGCGAUGAAUUCAUUGAUGUCAUCAAGGAGGAACAGCAACGCGUGGGCCAGAGGCAAAAUAUUGUUCGUGAUGGUGGCAGUGAAAAGUUCAUGGUGACGAUGCCGGCAGCGAAAACUCACCCGCAAGCCCAUGUGACAUUUGUGUCCUGUAAACCCACCGGGGAGGAACUGGAACGCCUCUUGCAGGUGUCCAUUUCAUCCCAACAGGCGGGGGAGCGGGAUGGCGACAAAAUGGACGAUGCCGUUAUUUGGGAGGGCACGACCCGUGUGAUUGCUCGGUUGCUGCGUGGCAUGCAGUUGGCGUUGCGUGAGACAAGGGACGAUGUUCUUGUCGCUGGUCGUGCCUACGCGGAGUUGUGUCGCGCAGGUCGCAGCAUGGCGGAGGACUUGGCAGAACUUCAGGCUGCAUGCGCCAAGGAGCGUAGUACUGUUGUCGCGCUGGAAGAACGGCUGGAGCACACACAAGAAACCCUUCGUAUCGAAAAGGAGCGUGCGAAUGGUCUGCAAGCUUCACUGGACGAAACCGCCGACAUUAUGGCGGAGGCGGCGGCACUGGCGGAGGAGCGCACCUCGCGAAUGGAAAAAUUGCUUCGCGAGAACAACGCCUUGGAGGAGGCACUUCAGACGCAGAGGAAGUCCCUUCGGGAGCGGGAUGACGCCAUCGCCGCGGUUGAGCUUAAGUUACGGACGUUGCAGGAUACCAUGCGGCGAGAAAAGAAUGAGUGGUACUCCAUGCAUGAGGAGCUGCACCGCACGAAACUUGCACUCAAGACGACGCUGGAGGAGCGUGACACGGCGAGGUCGCAACUGCAUGAACUGGAACAAAACCUACAAGCGUUGAAGGAAGAGUCCCAACAGUGUGAUGUGAAUUGCCGGUACUUGCGCAAAUGCGUUGAGGAGUUGCAAGGACAACUGGCGCAGGUGAAAAAGGAUAGAGAUCUCCUACGUGAGACGAAGGACUCUGUCGAAGUGGAAAGGCGACGACUGCUGACCCAAAUAGAUUGUUUGAAGCGUAGUGGUAACACUGCUGCAUGCGUUACCGAUGCUGCUCCUGCGAGUAGAGGCAAUGGUGUUGGUGAGGUCUACUCCAGUGUUUUGUUUUCCCCAACCGUGCAGCGGUGGAAGGUGCCGCAUGGAGGAAAAGAUAUGGAGACGUCAGGUGAGGACCGUCACGAUGCUGGGCCGCUGCUGCAGUCUUCUGAGAGAAAAGAGCCGAUGGAUAAGGUGCGGUGGUGGGAAGCGAAACUGCAGGCAAUUACAUCAUCCAUGUCAUCAACCACGCCUCUUGUUGCCACGCCGUCGGCAUGCCGAAAGGAUGAGAAGAGCGGGUUGACGGACAACUUGCAGUUACUCGAGACAAAUAGCGCAACGCUCGCCUCAUUGGCGUACGGAAACUCACCACCCUCACAGAAACUCAAGGACAAUAGCGUUCCCAUUUAA